AUGGGUAAGGAGCCAGGGGGUGAGUACGGGGACAGGCAAGUACCUGCCUCAGGGAUCGUUCUGCUUCUCAGUAGUGGGAACAACCAGCUGGUAGGGUCUGGCCUGGGUUCAGAGACCAUGGGAGCAGGUGCAGGGCUUCAGAGCGGCGGUGGCAGCCCUGGGGACAGCCCAAGUGCCCGUGCCAGCCUGGUCCAAACGCACUUGGAAAACCAGUCUAGAUACCACAUACAGCAAAGCCAGAGGCAUCAGGUGAAGCAGUACCUGACUCUUGAUACCAAGCUGUCCAGCCAGACGCUCUCCCUGUCCCACUCCCACACAAUCCAGCCUGUGGGAGUGACCCCCAUUUUAAGAAACGGACACAUGCCUCCCGUCAGCGAUAUUGGCACACCAGAAAGCCCCGUAACCAAGCUGCUGGCCCUUGGAGGCGAACACGAAAAUGCGAUGGAAGAAGUGAUUGAAGACAUAAUCAAUAUGGAAUCAAGUUUUAAUGAUGAAGGGAUUGGUUGUUCUGAAACUCCUCUACUAAUGCAAAGAACU